UAUCAUACAGCCCCCAAGUAUAUUGCGACAUGUUCUCGACCGAUAUCCUCGCUGGAAACCCUAACCCGAAACGAUUACCUGAGCUACAGGCCCGUGCGCCCACGCCAGAGCCCAUCAUGGGGCAAUUGCGGAAGUUCCGUGGUGGGCCGUAGGCGAUAGACAGACUUGGCGAGUUCAGAAGGUAGGCGAUUCCACAGCUGGAAAUUCAGUCGACACGACCGUCAUCUCCGACAACGACGACAAACCAUCAGAAUCACCGACUCCCACAAACAGCUAGUAAAUAAAAGGGGUCCACACAUCCCGAUCCAGCAACUGCGAUAUCGAGACUGGCCUUUGCUCGGUACACCACCAUUGACGGUCGCAUCGAUUGCUCUUUGAGCGCUAGUAAAGGAGGGUGCAUGUGACCAGACAGGCACUAUACCCUUGGCUAUCUACCCAACCCUCAGAGCUCCCUACUUCUGGUUGGAUACAAGCCCAGCUCGGUCCGGUGGCACAUCGCGUCCUCGCCAGUACCUGCGUAUCGACUCCUCGCAGCUCGUCACGUAUAAUACUCUCGGCGGAGAGGGCUUGGCUUGCCCACCGUCGCAACAUUGCGAUUGUUCAACGGGAUCGGCCCACCUGCGCGUCCUGAUUUCACCCACCCACCCGAGCCACAACCUGCUGCGCUCCAAAGCUUCGCUCCGACCCCGGCUGGCCGUCGCCUAUUUAUCUGUGCAGCACACCUAGGCUGCAUAAGGCUCACCACCGUCACAAAUACCUACUUAUAUCUCCUCCGCCGCGGGCGGAGACAUUCACGCCACCAUGUCGGCCCCUCAGGGAGGUGACUCUAAGCUCUUUGCUCGAGGCAAAGUUGCGGAGCUCCGUCUCGAGCUGAACAGCGGUGGCAAAAAAGACAAGAACUUCACGGCGAAGAAGAUUGCGUUGAAGAAGAUCGUGGCCAACAUGACCAUGAGCAAUAAUGACAUGGUCGCCCUGUUUCCAGAUGUGAUAGGCUGCAUGCAUAUAGAGAGUCUUGAGAUCAAGAAGAUGUGUUUUCUCUUCCUCGUUAACUACGCCAGGAUGCGACCGGAGAUUGCCAUAAAGGCGAUUCCCGUAUUGGAAUAUGAUAUGCGAGAUUCAAAUCCUUUGGUCAGGGCUCUAGCAUUACGGACCAUGUCUUACAUCCACGUGCGGGAAUUUGUCGAGGCGACGGUACCGAUUGUGAAGCAAAUGUUGAAGGAUUCAGAUCCAUACGUCAGGAAAACGGCAGCAUUCUGUGUUGCAAAGCUUUACGACCACGACAAGCAGAUGGUGGAGCAGUCAGACCUCAUUGACCGGCUCAAUGGUUUACUGCGCGACGACAACCCGACCGUCGUGGCAAGUGCUCUUGCUUCGCUCAUGGAUAUUUGGGAGCGAAGCGACGCUAUCAAGCUUACCAUCGACUAUGGCAACGCUUCGAAAAUGGUUGCUAUUUUGCCGGACUGCUCAGAAUGGGGACAAACGUACAUUUUGGAAGCGUUGAUGUCGUACCUACCCGUAGACUCAGGGGAGGCUCUGCUGCUUGCAGAGAGAAUAGCCCCUCGGCUCUCCCAUUCUAAUUCGGCAGUUGUGCUCACCUGCAUCAGGGUCAUACUCUACCUAAUGAACUACAUCUCAGACCAAAAGCAAAUUUCUGCGCUUUGCAGAAAAUUGUCACCGCCACUGGUCACAUUGCUGGCCAAGGGCCCCGAGGUGCAGUACCUAGCUCUGAGAAAUGCGCUGCUCAUUCUGCAGCGGCGUCCCGAGGUGUUGCGCAACGACAUCAGGGUCUUCUUUUGCAAGUACAACGAUCCAAUUUACGUCAAGGUCACCAAGCUGGAGCUCAUUUUCAUGCUCGCCAACGAGAGAAACAUUGACGAGGUUCUUACAGAGCUGCGGGAGUACGCAACCGAGAUUGAUGUCCACUUUGUUCGCAAGGCAGUCCGCGCAAUCGGCAAGUUGGCCAUCAAGAUCGAGCCAGCAGCACCGCGAUGCAUCGACCUUCUGCUGGAGCUUGUUGCAACAAAAGUAACUUACAUUGUACAAGAGGCGACAGUGGUCAUCCGGAAUAUCUUCCGCAAAUAUCCAAACCAGUACGAGUCGAUCAUUGGCACUCUGUGUGAACAUCUCGACUCACUGGACGAGCCUGAGGCCAAGGCUGCAAUGGUUUGGGUUAUUGGCCAGUAUGCAUCUCGAAUUGAGAAUAGCGACGCUCUACUUGAGGAUUUCCUAUACUCAUUUGCAGAUGAGCCCGUGGAGGUACAGCUAGCGCUGUUGACUGCAACGGUAAAGCUCUUCAUACAACGCCCCACAAAGGGACAGGAGCUGGUCCCCAAGGUUCUUAAAUGGGCUACAGAGGAGACUGAUAACCCGGAUUUGCGCGACCGGGCAUACAUGUACUGGAGACUGCUAUCAACCGAUAUUGCUAUGGCGAAGCAAAUCGUCAUGGGCGAGAAGCCUCCCAUUACGGCAGAGUCAGAGCGCCUCGAUCCGGCCACGCUUGAAGAGAUGUGUCUAAACGUUGGCACGCUAGCUACUGUCUACUUGAAGCCAGUACAGACCGUCUUCCGCUCAGCGCGACCGAGACGUCUCCUUGACUCGCCUGCUUUACAGCGGCAGCUACUGCCCCCUGGAUCGGGACCGCUCGCGCCACCGGGUCCUUAUGAGAACAAUAAGAGCCUCAGCAUGUUCGGGCAAGGGGGCAGGCCCGCCAAUGUUGACCCCAGAGACGGGAGCCGGGGCAACGCUCUCGAUUCUAGCGGCGGAAACCUAGCCCAGGCAGUCAGUGAUGCCGAUGCAUACUUUGCGGGCGUUGGGGCUCAAGCGAUGGCCAACAUGAGAGUCGAGGAGAGGGAUACCUUUGGGGGAACUAGCGGUGUCGACAUGGGUGGCGGAGGAUAUGUGGUCAACCAGUACACGCCUCAGACUGUGCUGCAACCGGGACAAGAUAAUAGGAACGGGGACUUGUUGAUGCUCUGAGUAUAAUGUAGCUCAGGGCUUGCUGAUAGUUCAUGAUCGUAUAUAAAUUUGUGUUUCAACCCAUGCUCAUGUCUGUACCAACUGAUGGCUUAUUACGCUUUCUGCGUAGUCUGUCAGUCUUGGAGACUCAGCUGAGAAAAACUGCCAAACUUAUUCGAAAAGAAAGAUCCAAUGCUCAUUUUCGGAACUCGUUCUCGACACGAACUAUGCACAGGUGGAGGUUAUGGG